AAUAUUUUCGAGGAGCAGCGCCGACUCGAUCCGUCGCGAGCUCGUCCCCCUGUAGUUGAGGGGCAAGACUGGAGGAACGUUUUACCGACGCGAUCCACAUUCGAGUCGGUGACGAAGCUGCUGAAGAGAGGCAAGGCGACCGGGGUUACAUUCAUAAUCCCGUCAAAGACCCAAAGGCCGUGGUCCCCCCGAAGGGGUAUCAGUGCGUAUACGAGUCGUACUUCGAAAAGGACACGAAACUAUGGUUUCCGAUUCCUCGACUCGUCACCGCCUACACGAUGCGCCGAGGAGUCGCUUUGAGCCAAUUCUUGAAUGGCGCUUGGCGUCUAGCAGUUGCGCUGAUGGUGAUUGGGGCGGAAGCUGGCGCUGCUCUCAGCGUCCGAGCAUUUGAGGAGCUGGUCUCGGUGAAGAUUAAUCGAGGCCUGUUAUCACUGAAGAUACGCCCGAACUAUAAUGUGGUAACGGGCUAUCCGACCAAGACGAACGACUGGCAGCGAUCGUACUUCUAUGUUAAGUCCGAUCGCUCGGCUUUCGAGGAGCCGCUGAAGACCGGUUACCGUGUUCUUUGGAACAAUGAAUUUGGUAUUGAAUGUUCUUUAAUCUUUUACUGUUUCAGACUCCUGACCAUCUCUUUUUCUCUUGUUUUGACAGUUCCUCACUCGAAUACCGCGGAGUACGAGGAAGAUUUCUUGGAGAGUGCUCGGAUUAUCGCGUCCCAGAAACAGGAUUUUUGGGAGAACUUCUCGUACAGGAGGAUUCGUAGGUCGAUUGAUCGGAUCAAGCGGCAGGUUUGGCGUUCGGACACCGUUCCUCUCAUCACCAAAAAGUCGAAGAGAAUCAACUUGUUCACCAAAGCCGAGCAGAUUGAAAUUAACCGAGCCAGAGCUAUGGGAAUUGCCGGAUCUAAGUUUGGUGGUUGGGAAGCAACUCGGAGGAAGGAGAGGGAAGGCGUUUCUUCCGAGGAGAAGCAAGCCGAGGAGACUUCCACCGGUGGGGGCGCCGGAUCGGAGAAGAAGCGGGCGCGCAAGGAUCCCGUUGAGGUUCGGCCUUCCUCUGUGGAGAGAGGUGAGCUCCAGGCCUUGGAGCCUAGCAACAAUUCUCGAGAUGACGUUCUCCCGGAUCCAUGCCGGGGAUCGAACAGGUCCUCUCCGAAGGCUCAGGAGGGUAAGGCUGUGCCGAAGAACCUGCAGGGGUUUUGCCCGGAUAAAGUGGACUUCAUUUUCAAGCGGGACACUCCUCUCGUUUGUAACGAGAGAGAUUGCGCUCGUUUCGUCCGCCAAGUCCGGGGAAGUAGGGAGCAUCUCCCACUCGUCAAGGACUUAGUUUUCCAAGACGAGUACACCGCUGCUGCCGGUUCCUCGGUUAAGAGCCAAGGUGACUGGAACGAGGUCGUCCGCAUAUACGACAAAGAGCUGAAGAGGACCUAUGGUGUGAUUGAUAGGCAACGGCGCAACACCAAGGAGGCGACUGUCGCCUUAGAGGUCAUGCUGAAGAAGAAGGACGAAGCGGUUAUUGCAGAAGCGGCCAUGAGGGAUGAACUCUCCCAGAAAGAGGCGGCUAUGAACAAGGAGCUGAAGCGAGCCCGGGAGUUGGUUAAAGCGCUCGAGAAAGAGAAAACCAAGCUGGCAAACGAGAAGAGCCCUCGAGGAAGAGAAGGCGGCUGCUGCCUUAGAGCAUUCCAAGGAGAUGGAUCGUCUCCGAGAGUCGCGCCGCUAUGA